UUUUGCUGCUGAAAAAUCUACUUCUAUUCUUCUUGCCAAAGUCAAAGUCUGGUCAAGUUCUUGUUGUUUUGUUCAAUUCUAAUACUGAAACAACAUCAAAAAUGCUUUAGAGCUCUAAUAGCUCUAAUGAGAAUGUAGGACCUACCUUGAUGUGAUGUUUGUGUCUUGUUUUGCUUUGUUUUGUUUUGUUUUUUUUUUCUACUUUGACACAUAUUAGAGCUCUAAAUUUAGAGCUCUCUAGCAUUUCCCAAACAACAUACAUAGGCGUACACAAGAGGCUGUCAUCUGGUAUCAGAGUUGUUUGUUUGUAAAAGCAAUAUCAGCUGCAAGGUGAAGAAAGAAAAUCCUUAAAACUCCAUGCCGGACACAAUUCCAAUUUUUGAUGGUGUGAACUACGAGUUUUGGAGUGUGAAGAUGAGAACUCUACUUUUAUCUAUGGAUUUGUGGGAUACGGUAGAGAAUGGGUACCAUGGUGAGACCAACAGGGAGAAACAACAGAGGGAUGCUGCAGCUCUUUCUAAAAUCCAGCAAGGCGUCUCAGACUUGAUCUUUCCGAGAAUCAUGAAAGCUACAAAAGCGAAAGAAGCUUGGGACAUUCUUCAGGAAUUUCAAACACAUGGGAGGCAAACUGGAUCUAUUAAUAAUCGCCCAAUCCGGGUGCCCACAAACAUCACAAAAUCAAGGGAAACCAAUUUGAUAGUGGCUACACUUAUAGCAACGGUGACCUUCACAGCAGGUAUCACCAUGCCUGGUGGCUACAUUAAUGAUAAGAAAGACCCGAACCAGGGAAUGGCAAUUCUAACAAGAAAAGCAGCUUUCAUAGCUUUUGUGAUAACAGAUACCAUUGCCCUGACGUUAUCCGUUUUUGCAGUGCUUACCCAACUCUAUACUAUGACUGACCACCCGAUUUUACUAAAGAAGCAACUUGGUUUAGCUUUUGCUCAUACUGCUUAUGCUAUGAUUGCAAUGUGGUUGGCAUUCAUUACAGGGACAUAUGCUGUGUUAGCACCUUCAAGCCUUUCUAUUUCAGUUUGUGUAAUCCCUUCCAUUCUGUUGUUCAAUUACCUGUUUCAAAUUAUGUGCGUCCUCCCUAAAGCGAAAUUUGAAUUCUACUAAGCCUCUCUCGAGCGUGCAAAAUCACUCUAUCUAUAGUUUAUGAUUUAGGAUUUGCCGAUUUGAGCUCUGAUGAGUGCACCCAAUCUGUAUCAGUUUCAGUAAUUACGUAAAUAAAAUCUAUACUUAUUGUUCCA